AUGGUCCUGAUAGACUCCCUUGCCACAUGGGAAGAGGCAACUGGACCAUCAUCUUUGUUGACUGAAACCAUGAACCAAAAUAAACCUUUCCGUUUUCUGAAAGUGGCCAAAAUAGGAGAAGCAAAAGAUCCCAGAGAAUCAUUGUGUGGGUCUUUAUCCUCACUGAUGAAACCAAUGGAGGUAUUGGAUGAGAAUGCUGUGGAUGCAAUUGUCCAGUAUAUUUCAAAAGAUUUACCAAGAGUUUCAGAAAAUUCCCUAACAUUUCAUUCAGCUCAGAACUGGCAAAGAUUGUCUAAAAGAUACAAACUUCAACCAAGAGUGAUUAAAGUAACAGCUUACAAAAAUGGAUCUAGAACAGUCUUUGCCAAAGUUACUGCACCAACCAUCUCCUUGUUGCUGGAGGAGUGCACGGACAAGCUAAAUCUGAAUACGGCUGCAAGGCGAGUGUUCUUGGCAGAUGGCAAGGAGGCCCUCAAACCUGAAGAUGUACCCCAAGAAGCUGAUGUUUAUGUUUCAACAGGAGAGCCUUUUAUAGAUCCACACAGAAAAAUUAAAGACCAUCUGUUGUUAAUGAAGAAAGUAACUUGGACAAUGAAGGGGCUGAUGCUUCCCACUGAUGUCAAAAGACAGAAAACCAAGCCUGUUCUUUCUGUUAGAAUGAAUAAGCUCACUCAGAAGACUGCAGUCCGAAUUCUGGUCUUUAAGAAUGGCAUAGGGCAGGAUGGGCAAUCGAUUACAGUGAGAAAGGAGACAAUGAGAAAGGUUUUAGAUAUUUGCACAACAAGAAUGAAUCUACAUUCACCAGCUAGAUAUCUUUAUGACUUAUAUGGCAAAAUAAUUAAAGAUGUUUCAAAAGUUCCUCUGCUUGAAAAAUGCCUGCAAAAUUCCAUCACACCUUUGCGGGGACCACUUUGGGUCUCAAAGGGAGAAGGUUUCAGCCCCUCAGGAGCUAAGAUGUACAUCCAAGAAGUUCUUUUGGCCCUGUACCAACGAUUAAAGUCUGCAAAAAAAUAUUACGAACAGAACUGGGAGAUUUCAGUUUCGAACUGGGCUCAUUAUCUUACACCACAGGAUGCUGAAAGGCAUUUCCACAACUUGGCUGCUGUGAAUAGUGCAGCAGUGAACGUAGGUGACAAGUAUCCUUAUGGUAUCCUGGCUUGUGAUGUUCUGGGUGGAUGCCAACAUGUGCUUUUUCACAAUCCAUUAAUUCCUGGAUCAACAUCAGAAGGAAUGUCAGAGCAGAGUGAAAUUCUUGUAAGACACAGAUGUCAGGAUCAAAAGUCAGAGACAUUCUCGGAGCAGCAGGGAAGCAAGCUUGUUAGACUUUAA